AUGAAGCCUCCGGGACGCUGGCUCGGGUCAGGUGGGAAUGGGGGAGGACCUGGGCGCGGCGCCCGCGGACGUGGAGCCGGAACUCCGGGCUCCGCCCAUUGCUUGGCUUUCAGACCCCGGCCCGGCGCUCCUCGCCGCCCGCGUAGCCGCGCCCUCCCGGAACAGGCGGGCGCCGCGGCGGGUCGAGCCAUGGAGGUCCUUCCCGCCGGAGGGACGAGGGCCCCGCAGCCAGCCGAGGUGGCGACGGGGCAGCCGGCGGGCGAGGGCGACGAGGAGCCCCGCGGCCGCACGAGCCGCACGGCGUCCCUGGUGAGCGGGCUGCUCACCGAGCUCUACAGCUGCACCGAGGAGGAGGAGGCUGCAGCCGGCGGGGACCGUGCGUCGCGGGGUCGCCCCCCGCGCAGCGACAGCCUGGACAGCUCCACCGAGACCUCGGGUUCCGACGUGUUCCUGGGCGGCCGCGGCGCGGGCGACUCCCGGGUGCUGCAGGAGCUGCGGCAGCGGCCGAGCCUGCGCCUCCAGAUGCAGUACCUGCGGCGGAAAGACUCUGGUGAGCUGAAGACCAUUCUUCGAGAGCUAAAGUACAGGAUUGGCAUCCAGUCGGCAAAGUUGCUCCGGCAGCUGAAGCAGAAAGACAGGCUUCUGCAUAAAGUCCAGAAGAACUGCGACAUUGUGACGGCCUGCCUGCAGGCCGUGUCACAGAAGAGAAGAGUUGAUACAAAAUUGAAGUUCACACUUGAGCCAUCCUUAGGCCAGAAUGGUUUUCAGCAGUGGUACGACGCUCUCAAGGCAGUUGCCAGGCUGUCAACAGGGAUCCCAAAGGAGUGGAGGAGAAAGGUCUGGCUGACCUUGGCAGAUCGUUAUCUACACAGCAUAGCCAUCGACUGGGACAAAACAAUGCGCUUCACCUUCAACGAGAGAAGCAAUCCUGACGACGACUCCAUGGGGAUUCAGAUAGUCAAGGAUCUUCAUCGCACGGGCUGUAGUUCCUACUGUGGCCAGGAGGCAGAGCAAGACCGCGUGGUUCUGAAGCGGGUGCUGUUGGCCUAUGCCCGCUGGAACAAGAAUGUCGGGUACUGCCAAGGCUUCAACAUCCUGGCUGCCCUGAUUCUGGAAGUGAUGGAAGGCAAUGAGGGGGACGCUCUAAAAAUUAUGAUUUACCUGAUUGAUAAGGUACUCCCAGAGAGCUACUUUGUCAAUAAUCUUCGGGCACUGUCUGUGGAUAUGGCUGUCUUCAGGGACCUCUUGAGAAUGAAGCUCCCGGAACUGUCUCAGCACCUUGAUACUCUGCAGAAAACGGCAAACAAGGAGAGCGGAGGUGGCUAUGAGCCCCCGCUCACCAACGUCUUCACGAUGCAGUGGUUCCUCACUCUCUUUGCCACGUGUCUCCCUAACCAUACCGUUCUGAAGAUCUGGGACUCGGUCUUCUUUGAAGGUUCAGAGAUCAUCCUGAGGGUGUCCCUGGCUAUCUGGGCAAAACUGGGAGAGCAGAUAGAAUGUUGUGAAACGGCAGACGAGUUCUACAGCACCAUGGGACGCCUUACCCAGGAGAUGCUGGAGCAUGACCUCCUGCAGAGCCACGAACUCAUGCAGACUGUCUAUUCCAUGGCUCCGUUCCCUUUCCCACAGCUGGCAGAGCUGAGGGAAAAGUAUACUUACAACAUUACACCAUUCCCAGCCACGGUUAAGCCUACUUCAGCUUCCGGGCGACACAGUAAGGCCAGAGAUAGUGAUGAAGAGAAUGACCCAGAUGAUGAGGAUGCUGUUGCUAGUGCUGUGGGGUGCCUUGGACCGUUCAGUGGGCUCCUGGCACCUGAACUGCAGAAGUACCAAAAGCAGAUUAAAGAGGUGAGUGAGGAGCAGACCCUGAGAUCAAACAACAUCGCAGAGCUGACCCCGGGCGCCAUCAAUUCCUGUCGGAGUGAGUACCACGCGGCCUUCAACAGCAUGAUGAUGGAGCGGAUGACCACCGACAUCAACGCACUGAAGCGGCAGUACUCCCGGAUUAAGAAGAAGCAGCAGCAGCAGGUUCAUCAGGUGUACAUAAGGGCAGACAAAGGGCCAGUGAGCAGCAUCCUUCCAUCUCAGGCAAAUAGCUCUCCAGUGAUCAAUCACCUUCUCCUAGGGAAAAAGAUGAGAAUUACAAACAGAGCAUCCAAGAACGCAGUCAUCCACAUCCCUGGCCACGCAGGAGGCAAAAUAUCUCCUGUCCCCUACGAAGACCUUAAGACAAAGCUCAACUCUCCGUGGCGGACUCAUAUCCGAGUCCACAAAAAGAACAUGCCAAGGACCAAGAGUCACCCGGGCUGUGGGGACACCAUCGGGCUGAUAGAAGAACAGAAUGAAGGCUGUAAGGCCAGCAGCCUGGGGGCAGCGGAGGAGUUUUCCUCCAGUUGUGUGGCAGCAGCUCACGCCGAGGGCAGCAGCCGUGACGGUGGUGCUCUGAGGACAAUCGAAGGGCAGUCUCCCGAGCCGGUAUUUGGGGAUGCUGAUGUUGACGUGGCCUCUGUUCAGGUGAAAUUAGGAGCCUUGGAACUGAACCAAAGGGAUGCCGCCGCCGAAACUGAGCCGGAGGUGCCCCUUCCCUGCCAGCGGCAUGCCCCGGAGGUGGCCGAUGCCCCUGGAGAAAGCCAGCCAGCCAGCAAGCCUCUCCCAGGCAGCAGCUCAAAGCCCCCCAUCUUCAGCCCCUUCCCCAGCGUCAAACCACUGCGGAAGUCAGCCACGGCCAGGAAUUUGGGGUUAUAUGGCCCUACAGAAAGAACCCCAACUAUGCAUUUCCCUCAGAUGAGCAGGGGCUUCAGCAAGUCGGGCGUUGGGAACAGUGGCACCAAGAAGAGGUGACGCCUCCCUGCGCUCAGCGUCCGGACUCAGGCGGCAUGUUGGCGGAAGCCCGCCAGCCACGCCCUUACUGCUUCAUUUACCCAGUGAGAACUAACCCAGAGAUUCGGAGCUGAACACCGACAGCCCCAUCCAGAGGGGAAUUGGAAAGCUUCAUGGUGGGAGCCAGAGAAGGGACCAAAUCCCUUUUCACUGGGUAGCUUUGUAACAGUGUGGACUUUUCCCAAUUUUCCUUGUGAGCUCUUUCGAGAAGACAAUGUGUAGGCUGUUCAGCCCUCUUCUGUUCUGGCCUCCUCAGGGCCUUUUUGGGAUCCCUGAAACAUUUCCCUGGCCUUUCUGUCCUCUGGACAUCACGAAUACUCAAGCAUGAAUGAACACACCAGCUUGCUAGAACUGAAACUGUAGAAAGUAAGUUUCUUAGCUACAAAAACUUCCUCGUGUUCCUCUUUUUGCUCUGUUGGGGAGGAAAUUUGUGUGUGUAUUCGUGUGUGUGUGUGUGUGUGUGUGUAUGUAUGUAUGUGUGUGUGUGUACUUUAACAACAUGUCUUCAAGUUUUUAAUUCUUAAGCUAAAGCAUAGCAGAAAAGUCGAGAUAACUUUCUUUAACUUUCUCUUUCUACCUGUGACAAGAAAACCUUUAAAUCAGUUGAAACUGAGUAACCACACGGAAGCUUGUAUGUAGACAUGUGCAGGCUAUGCAGUAAGCAACCUCCCUGAGCCGUUUCCUGAUCCCCACCUUCCCGGAGGCUCGUUUUCUUCCCUCAAGAACUCAUGGGCUCUGUGUGGAACUUGUGCAUCCCUGGACUUGGGUGCUGUGCCCCAGCUCUCUCUCUCCAAGGCACAGAGCCUCUCUCAAAGCCAGAACAUGGCUCCCGUGACUCUGUUACUCGAAUUUUGUGCUUUUCGGGUUGGAGUACUUUGUUACUUGAACACUGCCUUUCUCUGGAGAAGGCCCUAGCUCUCUCCCCACAUUCUUUCUCUAACUCCACUCCUCCCCUGGUCCCAGUAGGUCAGCGAUAGCACCUCUUGUCUCCACUAUGCAGUCAGGAACUCUGAGCCACAGACGAAGCGGCGCUUCAGGGUUUCAUAGGCACUAACCACGUUUCUUCUAGUACGAUAAGCUGGCUCACUGCUCUUUGUCCGAGCCCAUUGGCUACCCGAGCGUGUAUGAGCCAAGACUAGGAAGCCAUUCAGUACGCAGCCUUCCAACUCAAAGGCUCAUUCUCUAGAUGGUAGAGAGCCCUGGAAUGGUGUUCACAGAAAGAGCUGCGGAACCCCCUCAUCGUGAAAACUUAGUUUCUCUUCAGAAUGCUUCAUGCGCCUAUCCUUUGGCUGAAUGAAGGGCUCUCCACUCAAUCUCCAAUCACUACCAGAGUUCAGUCUUUACCUCUGUCUCUCAAAGCCUUGGGCAGUUCUUGCAGGAAUACUGUUGAAGCCAGCAGUGUUGAUCGGAGCGAGCUCAUUUGCUGAUCCUGAAGCCAGGCCUGGUUUCCCCAGAAGGCGUUUUACAAUGAGAAGUACUAUUUUUUUUUUUUUAAUAAGAUAGAGUGGAGUUGUAUGGGCUGUUUUAAAUAAAUAAACAAAUAAACCUGUAUAGGAAUCUCACAUUUUAUCCCCAACAUGGUAUUUUUACCUCCAGAGGCCCGAAGAUGGAAUAAGCAGAUAAGUUGUUCCAGUUCUAUCUGAAGUUAACAGGAGGCUUCCUUACAGACAGCCAUGUCUUUCCUCUGCCUAUUGCAAAGGAUGUGGGAGUGGGGUUAGGGGGGAGGCUUAUUUUGCAUACCACACAAAGGUGAUGGGAUCCACUGUAUUCCAAAGAUGGGCACAAGAAAAGAAUUUCUUCUAUCUGCUAAACUUCAGAUAGCAACUGACCACCCCAUUAUCAUCUUUUCUCAGUUACGCCUCACCCCCUGCCCUGUCUGACUUGAAUUGAAAAUGGUUCUCUCUCCACCACUCCCUGUUUCCCCCAGGGUCUGGGUGUUUGGAGGGAGGAGGUGGGUAAUCCAGUGAGGCCAUCUACCAGCUGCUCUAUCCAUCAUUCUCCCCGAUUUUGUCUCGAGAAGAGACAGCACAGGGUUUGGGGCGAGUAUAGUUGAAAGGAAAAUGGCUUCUGCGGUAAAAAUGACUGUGUUAAUUCAGGACACCCCACACAUUCCCGUCAGAGCUCUCUGUGCUGAUAAUGCGCAUGCACCGUACCAAGUCACCACGACGUCAGCCGGUCCACUUCUGAGCCUUGCCUCUUAGGAAAAGAACUCUAACAGCGCCAUCUCCCCAGCAUGCACCAAGGGCGUGGGCUCGCCGGCUUCCCCCUGUGCCUGUGGACACCGGACACCGGAAGAACUUAACCCAUGUGGCAGCCCACGUGCUGGGCUGCCUGCACCCUCUCAGCACUUUCCUGGAAGCCAGCUGCACCUCACGCCUCUCUAAAAAGACCUAGAUCUAAACCUAGUCUGUCAUGUCGACCUAUGGCUGUAACUGUUUGGAGCAAUGCUCUCCUCCUCUCUUUUGUCUCGUUCUGAAGAACUGUACUGCUCACAAAGACGUAUGCAUAAAAGAUCCUCACUGCUGUGGU